AUGCGAUCUUUCAUCCCAUUUGUGCCUCUGCUGGCCUCUUCCGCAGCGGCAGCUGCAAUCUCAAGUGCAGAUAGCCCAACUGUCACCGCAGCAGCAGCAGUUUCGGGCAAUCCUUUCUCAGGGUACCAACUUUACGUGAAUUCGUUCUAUGCAUCCGAAGUCUCAGCCUCGGCUUUGCCAUCCAUGACGGGUGCUGCUAAAGCCGGUGCCAGCGCAGCCGCCAAAGUUCCAUCCUUUUAUUGGCUGGAUACCGCAGACAAGGUCCCAACAAUGGACAAGUUCUUGGCUGACAUUAGGGCUCAAAACAAAGCCGGUGCUAGCCCGCCGAUUGCUGGUCAAUUCGUUGUUUACGAUCUGCCUGAUCGUGACUGUGCGGCUUUGGCCAGUAAUGGAGAGUACUCUGUUGCCAAUGGUGGUGUUGCGAAGUACAAGGCGUACAUUGACUCCAUCCGCAAAGUGCUGGUUGAAUACUCUGAUGUCCAGACUAUUCUUGUUGUUGAACCUGAUAGUCUGGCUAAUCUGGUUACCAACAUGGCUGUGUCAAAGUGUGCCGGCGCACAUGACGCUUACUUGGAGUGCACUAAUUAUGCAGUGACUCAGUUGAACUUGGCUAAUGUUGCCAUGUACCUUGACGCCGGACACGCGGGAUGGCUUGGCUGGCCCGCCAAUCUGGGCCCAGCAGCUCAGCUCUACGCCAACGUCUACAACACUGCCAACAAACCCGCGGCUCUGCGCGGACUUGCCACCAAUGUUGCCAAUUACAACGCCUGGUCUCUCACUACGUGCCCAUCAUACACCUCAGGAGACAACAACUGCGAUGAGAAGAAAUACAUCAACGCCCUUGCUCCCCUUCUUAAGAGUGCAGGCUGGGAUGCCCACUUCAUCACCGACACUGGCCGCAAUGGAGUUCAGCCCACUUCCCAAAAUGCCUGGGGCGAUUGGUGCAACGUCAAGGGAACCGGUUUCGGUGUUCGACCAACUACUAAUACAGGAGAUGCCUUGGCCGAUGCCUUUGUCUGGGUGAAACCCGGUGGCGAGAGUGAUGGUACUUCGGAUUCCAGCUCGGCUCGGUACGAUGCCCACUGUGGGUACAGCGAUGCUCUUCAGCCUGCGCCUGAAGCUGGCACGUGGUUCCAGGCAUACUUUGCCCAGCUUGUGCAGAAUGCUAAUCCCUCGCUUUAA